AUGAGGUUACUCGACAACGGUAUUGCGAAAAAAAGCUUAGAAACAUCACUCUACAACUUAUGGGCCCAUGAAUGGAACAAACAUGGUACUUGUGCGGCUAUGAUAGAACCGUUGAACACGCAACUGAAAUACUUCAGCAAAGGCAUUGAUUUCCUCAACGAAUACCAUAUGAAUGACAUCCUCACUAGUGCCAACAUCGUACCAUCGGACACAAAUCCAGUGAAAGCUGAAGACGUAAGUGCUACGGUUGUUUCCAAGAUUGGUGUACGACCAUUCAUUGCGUGUGAGUUUGAAGACGGAGUGCAGUAUUUAAUAGAGCUCCGAAUUUGCUUUGACAAACAAUUGAACCUUAAAGAGUGCGAGGGUGAGCAUGAAGUUAACGGUGUGUUGACCAACUGUAAUAUUGCAAAGAAUAUUAUUUAUCCCACUGCGUUACCCCCUGCCAAUCUGCAGAUAGUUCAAUUGCAUAACACGCACUAUGCUUACAUAACUGCUGUUCAAGACACAAGUGUAAAAGACGACGAUUAUUUCGACAUGAUAGUUUUGUCACAAAAAUGGCCGAUCACCUACUGCAAGUAUUGGAUGCAACAACGAAGGUCCAACCGCUGUGUGUUCCCCACAUCGUACGGUCGAUGGACCCUACAUGGAAUAUGGCCAUGGCGGAAGAAAGAUGAUACCUUCCCAGAAUACUGCGAUAAAUCAUGGAGGUUUGACGAAAACGAAAUCCGGGACAUAAAACCUGAACUUAAACAGGCGUGGAUGAAUAUAUUUGAAGGAACAAUGCCCAACAGUUUAUGGGAGCACGAAUGGAACAGACAUGGCACUUGCGCCAGCGUCAUGGAACCCUUUAGCACACAGUUCAGAUACUUCAAAAAGGGCGUGGAGUGGAACCUUAAAUACUGGAUCAAGGGCAUGUUAGAAGACGCCCAAGUCUUCCCCUCCGAUGUCAAAAAGUAUAGUCCGCAUGCAUUCGUUCGUGCCGUAGAAGGCAGAACGGGCAAGCAACCAUUUAUAGUCUGUCAAAAAUUGAAAAAUCGCAUCUCGUAUAUUAAAGAAAUCCGUUUGUGUUUUGAUACGCACUAUAUCUUUAUUGAUUGUAACACUGUUAUUGAUGAUAUGAGCUGUGACGAAGAUGUUAUUUAUCCUGCCACUGUAUAA